UAGUGGAGUGUGAUAGGCUGGUGGAGAGGGGAACUGCAGCAGAGUAGCACCGCUGUCAGGAAACAGAAGCCCACUACGAAUGCAACUCCCCUCACAAGCCGAGCGAGGACGGUCCACCGGCGUGAUCUACCAUGACAACUGAAACAGGCGCAGACUCGGAGGCCAAGCAGCAGCAGCAGCAGCCUCAGGAGAAGGAGGAGACCGAGAAGGGGAAAGCCAAAGCAGCAGCCCGAACUGCUUCACCUCAGAACCAGCCAGAGCAGCUUCCCGCCGCUGCUGGACACAGCACGCCAGCCAGGAAAGAACAGUCUCAGGAGCCGCAGGAAGAGGACCAGGUAUCCCACAGGUCAUCUACCAGUCGUCUGUCUAGGUCUCCCUUGAGAGGAGUAAAGAAGGUUAAGAUCAUGCAGUGUAAGGUCACCCUGCUGGACGGCUCAGACUACACACUCAGUGUAGAGAAACGAGCCAAGGGCCAUGUGCUCUUCGAUAAAGUUUGUGAUCACCUCAAUCUGCUGGAGAAGGACUACUUUGGCAUCACAUACAGAGAUAUAGAAAAUCAGAAGAAUUGGCUAGACCCUUCCAAGGAGCUGAAGAAGCAGAUCAGGACUGGUCCCUGGAACUUUUCUUUCAAUGUGAAAUUUUACCCUCCAGAUCCCUCUCAGCUCACUGAGGACAUCACAAGGUACUACCUGUGCCUGCAGCUCAGAGAUGAUGUGGUUUCCGGCCGCCUGCCAUGCUCCUUCGCCACCCACACGGUGCUGGGAUCCUACACGGUGCAGUCUGAGCUCGGAGACUAUGACCCAGAGGAGCUGGGCAGCGACUACAUCAGCGAACUGCGCUUUGCACCAAACCAGACCAAAGAGCUUGAGGAGAAGGUUAUGGAGCUCCACAAGACCUACAAGGGGAUGACACCAGCCGUCGCAGAGAUGCACUUUCUGGAAAAUGCCAAGAAGCUGUCUAUGUACGGCGUGGACCUUCAUCAUGCCAAGUUGGUAGGGAGUCUCUAUGAAUGCUUGGCUCCAUCUGAGGGAGAGGACUCUGAGGGUGUGGAGAUCAUGUUGGGAGUUUGUGCCAGUGGCCUCCUCAUCUACAGGGACAGGUUGCGGAUCAACAGAUUUGCAUGGCCCAAAAUCCUCAAGAUCUCCUACAAGAGGAACAACUUUUACAUCAAAAUCCGGCCUGGCGAGUUUGAGCAGUUUGAAAGCACAAUUGGUUUCAAGCUCCCGAAUCAUCGUGCUGCCAAAAGGCUGUGGAAGGUCUGUGUUGAACAUCACACCUUCUUCAGGCUCGUGUCCCCUGAGGCUCCCCCAAAGAAGUUCCUGAGCCUCGGCUCCAAGUUUCGCUACAGCGGCAGAACACAGGCUCAGACCCGCAGAGCCAGCUCUCAGAUCAUCAGACCUGCUCCAUUCUUUGAGCGCUCCUCCAGCAAACGCUACAACAUGUCCCGCAGCUUAGAUGGAGCGCCCAUCAUGGAGAACCACGAGACUUUGAUGAAGGACAACACCGCUGACAGGGCUGCCAAAGUCAUCGCCAAGGGAGACAUCAUCACCACAGUAACAACAGAGAAGAAGGCAGAGGAAGAGAAGGCUGAGCAGGAGGAUGCCCAGAUGGAGAUUGCAGAGACGCCAGAACCUGCAGAUACAACACCACUCAGACAAGACACAAAGAGCUCCCCUCAUGUGUACACAACUGUCCCCCUCCGCUCUGAGCUUUCACUCCCCUCAUCUCCUGUUUCAUCGACUAAAGUACGGCGGCGGCGCAGGGAGAAUGCACGCAAACGGGCCUCAUCAGUCAGUCCGGCCAAGAGCAGCGUCGGGUGCCGGCGCCGGCAGGCCCACGCGGACCGUAAAGCAGCCCUGCUGGAGGAGCAGGCGCUGCUGCUCUCCGCACGCAAACAGAGGCUGGAGCAGGGCAAACGCCGUGGUGGCACGCUCUUCUCCUUCUCCCUGCACCUCCCUGACUUGUCCUCCUUCCUGGAUGAGGAUGGCUACAUUACCUUUCCCGAUCUGUCAGAGAUGCGCUUUCUCCCUGAGUGCGCGCAGAACUUCCUGCCCAUUAAAUCACCCUCGCUCAUCCCCUGCUUCCUCUUCAUAUUCUUCUUCCUGCUGUCCACCUCCUUCUCUGUCCCCUAUGCCCUCACACUGUCCUUCCCUCUGGCGCUGUGCCUCUGCUACCUGGAGCCCAAGGCAGCCUCCCUGACCGCCUCCAUAGCCCAGGGCUACCAUGACCAUGACAGUUCAGAGGAAGAGGAGACUGACAGCGAACAAACUGACUUUGCCUUUGACGGAGAGAUGACUGCCACAGAGUCGGAAGCAGACGAGGACUCUGAGAUGCGGACUCAGGACACCGAGCCCCCGGCGGAGAUGGUCAAGCACCAGACCAACAUCAGCGAACUGAAGCGCUCCUUCCUGGAGACGGGAGCCAGCGCACAGGGUCUCACAGAAUGGGAGAAGAGACUCUCCUCGUCCCCUGUACGCUCACCCAGAGCAGAUGAGGCACCGAUGAUAGAACCAUUGGACCUGCAGGAUACUCAAGAUGAGCAGCCUGAGGGAGAGGAGACAAAAGAGGAAGUGGAGCCUAAAGCUACUGAGGGGAAAGGAUAUCUGGUGAAAUACGUGGUGGAUAGUUUGGUAACAGAUGGGGCCACCUCCUCGGGGCCUCACGGGAUCAGUCUGUCAACCACUAUGGAUGAUGACGUUUUCAUGGAUGGGACCCUCAGGGAGGUUGAGGAGAAGACUCCCGAUUCCCAGGAUGAGGUAUCGGAAAGGUCAACAGUGAAAGUCAGUCCUGGAGCUGUCAGACAGGAAGUGUCCCAGGCCAUCAGCGACAAGAGAGGGACUCUGAUCAUCCUGAAGGAAGCGGAGGACAAAACGGACGCAGAGGACGGAGUCGCAAGUGGUUUAGAUGAAAAAGAGGAGCCUGCUAUCCCUGGAGACAUUGAAGCUGUGGAGAAUGAGUCUGAAGAUAUCAGAGAAGACACUGCCGCUGUCACAGACGCUGAAAUCACAGUAACCAAGACGCUGAGUCCGAAGAUAGAGAUAAAAACUGAUGACAUGACUCAGAUUAAAGGUAUUGACUCACCCAAGAAGGCCAUGGCUUCGUGGAUUUCUGAGGUGGUGACGACAGCACAGGGGUCAGAUCCUGUUUGUGUGUCGACCAAGGAAGUGAAGCAGCAUGAAACUACUGAGGAGACGAAGCAGACAGCCAACAUCUUUACCUUUGAACAAGUCCAGACGGAGCUGACAAAGUCCAGCAUGACUCACAUCACAGUUACUGAAUCUUCAACAGCAUCCUUAGCAGUGUCUACUCUUGGAUGGGUUUCCUCUUCUCAAAAGACGUCACCUGAUCCAGAACAGAAGACUGUGGAGACUGUGGAGACUGUGGAGACGAAGGCAGCACCAGCCGAGUCAACAGGGCCAAUGAGUCCUGAGGUGUGUACCAAAGAGACGCCUGUGAUCCACACAGAGACAAAAACCAUCACCUAUGAGGCUGCAGAGGUUGACACUAAUGGGGACGCAGACCCUGGGGUGCUGCUGAGUGCCCAGACCAUCACCUCAGAAACCACCAGCACCACCACAACUACACACAUCACAAAGACGGUGAAAGGCGGAGUAUCGGAGACAAGAAUCGAAAAAAGGAUCGUCAUCACCGGAGAUGCAGACAUCGACCACGAUGAGGCUCUGGCUCAGGCCAUAAAGGAGGCUAAAGAACAGCAUCCUGACAUGUCAGUGACCAAAGUAGUGGUACAUAAAGAGACAGAGAUCACACCAGAGGAGGGGGAGGACUGACCCAGAACUAAAAGCCAACAGAUGCUUUCUGUCCGACCUCCCCGUGAUCCACAGUACAUCCCACAAACCCGCAUACUAAAACACCGGGACUGUUGAGAAGAAGACUAGAAAGGCUCCUUACUCCAACUCCAAAUGCUGCAGCCUGUCGCCGCUAGUCGCGCAAAAACUAAACCAUCACCUGCAAAAACAAAUAAAUGCAUUUUUGCAUGAGAAGGACGCAAUUAUCAAACAAUGGCAAAGAUUAUACUGAAAACUGUACGAUUUUAAAAGGUUCUCUGUUCAUCUGCACGCCGAAACCCUGCGUGCAGCAAGCAAACCGUUUUUGCUUUCACUGCCUUAUGACUCUGAUGCAUUUUUAUGAUUAUCAAGAAUAAUUAUUGUAGCAGCAUUUUAUUUAUGAAGAAAGCCAUCACUCCAGAAACUCCAAGUUGCUGUAGGCUGGAUGUAUAUGUUAGAGCAUACACUAUUUAACCUUGCUGUAGAAGUGCCAACCUCAUUUGCCAGCAAGCAUUGCCUCAUUCACUCCAAACAGCCCGCCGACUCCAUCCGGUCCGCCACCACACCAGUCAUUACGGCCCUGCAAUGUACAUAUCAGAGUUACUAGGAAAAUAGCAAAUUAUCCAUCACUGUUGAUUUUAUCACAUCUACUUGAAUUGCAUUUUUCUUUUUAUGAUCAUUUCAGUAUUUUAUUGUUUCUCACUUAAUUGAUUCCUCCGCUGCGACAUUUUUAUUUUUAUUUUUUUGAGAGGUUUUAGUUCUGCAAAUGCCAAGGAAAAUCCAGAUCGAUUUACAUGUGCCUGUGCAGGCUUUGAAUGUUUAAUCCAGGGUAGAUGAUCGGCUGCAGCACAAGUCCCAGGUUUGUGACUGUGAGGCAAAGGGCUCCCACUGCCGAGCUCUGCCCAAACUACGAUGCAAAGCCAAGAGAGAUCUGUCGAUAACCCCACCUCCACCUCCCCCUCCCCCUCCCAACAGCAACCCCUCCACCUCAUCUGUGUGUCUCCCUCAUCUGCUCACCUGUAUCUUACGUCGUGUUCAUGUACAGCCAUGUUUUCCUCAGUAUACUGAAAUAAAAGUGGCAAUGCGUUUGUUUUAAUUUUGCUGUUUCUUCUCAAAUAAAAUAAUGACCACAAUACUGAAACCA